AUGGCGGCCAUUCGGAAGCAACAAGCGGAGUCAGUUUGGUCAGGAGCCAAUGUUCUGUACCUCUUGAUUGCUUUCCGCGUCUGCAAUGCUCUUCUCAUCCGCACCUUCUUUCAACCAGACGAAUACUUUCAAUCUCUGGAGCCAGCUUGGGACAUAGCUUUUGGCCCAUCUAGUGGCGCGUGGAUAACUUGGGAAUGGCGACAGCGACUCAGGUCUUCGCUACAUCCUUUUCUCUUUGCAGCAGUCUAUCGCGUGACAGCAUUGAUUGCUGAUGCUCUACAUCUGGAGGCAGUGACUCGAGCGGAACUGUUACUAGCGGCUCCAAAACUUCUUCAAGCGGGUUUUGCAGCUACUACCGACUACUUCAGUUGGAAGCUGGCGACAAAGGCGUAUGGUAAAGAUUCGAGGGCUUCUUCUGCUGCGCUCUUCUUGACUGUCUUCAGUCCAUGGCAAUGGUUUUGCUCGACAAGGACGCUUUCUAACUCUCUGGAGACUACGCUGACUACCAUUGCUCUAUGGCUUUGGCCACUGCGUAAUGACCCCAAGCAACCUGGUUCCAAUGCUACGAGUCUCCGGAUGGCUCUGGCAUUGGCUGCUGUUGCUACAGUACUAAGACCAACUAAUGCGAUCAUCUGGAUUGUCAUGGUUGUAUAUACAGCAGCACCAGGCAAGGACAUCAAUACGACAAGAGCCCUGUGGACUUUGGCUGUAGAAUUCCGCGAGGCGGUGAUCUCAGGUGUCUCGAUAGUCGCUACCUCGCUCGUCGCGGAUCGUCUAUACUAUGGCGACUGGACUUUUCCGCCACUUCGCUUCAUCCAUUUCAAUGUCGUGCAAUCUCUUGCUGUCUUCUAUGGCAGAAACAGACCCGACUACUACUUGACCGAGGGACUUCCCUUGCUCCUGACCACGACACUACCAUUUGCCAUAUGGGGCUGCUGGUCUGCUUUCUCAAACAAAGGAUACAGUUCUGAUUGCCAGAAAGUCACUCGACCUUUGGCGAUUUCCGUGUUCGUUUUCGUCACGAUCAUGAGCUUGAUCGGCCACAAGGAAGUCAGAUUUAUCUACCCACUCCUACCAGGACUACUGGUGCUGGCAUCAGGCCCUCUUUCGCAGUUCUUCUCGCCGCUGCUGUUACCCAGACGUGCAAUGAAGAAGAUUCUCUUGCUCAUCUUCGUUGCUAUCAACGUGACCCUGGCCUUGUACAUCAGCCAGGUCCACCAGCGAGGUGUCAUCGACGUAGUGCAUCAUCUCCGGCACGAACACGAGCUCAAACAGUCCUCAAAUACUACAGUCAUGUUCAUGAUGCCCUGUCACAGUACACCUUGGAGAAGCCACCUGGUUUACCCUAGCAUCGAUGCACGAGCACUGACAUGCGAACCACCGCUUGAUAUUCCGAUAGAGGCAAGAUCUUCUUAUCUUGAUGAAGCCGACCAAUUCUACGAAGAUCCAAUCAUUUGGAUGCGUAAGCACAUGGAAGAUCUGGACUCUCUCAGUAAGAGACAGUCGACCACCGCAAUCGACAUCCAUCAGGACAAGGCACAGUGGCCAGAGUAUCUGGUCUUCUUUGAGCAACUAGAGCCUAUUAUGAUGGAGUACCUGGCCAAGACGGAAUACAGACAAUGCUGGCGAGGCUUUAACACGCACUGGCACGAUGACUGGAGACGCCAGGGGGACGUAAUGGUGUGGCGUCUGGGUGAAUGUGUAUAG